AUCCGGUAAAAAAAUUCUCAAAUGGGUCUAACGUCGUGGGGAGCGAAGUCAAAAGACAGCUUGAGGGUGAACUUUGUGUGUUUGCAAGAAGGAGGGAGAGAUGGAGAAAUCAAGAUGGGUGGUGGUGGUGCUGUGUUUAGGGUUUCUGGGUCUGUGCAGUGCGCUUGAAUCGCCACCGUACACGGUGGUUCACUCCGAAUCGGACUUCGAGAUCAGACUCUACAGACACGCCACGUGGAUGUCUGCUCCCGUCAAAGACAUCUCCUUCGACAAGGCCACCAAGCGUGGUUUCCAUAGGUUGUUCCAGUACAUCCAAGGUGCUAAUCUGAAUUUCUCCCGGAUCGCAAUGACAGCUCCUGUAUUGACAAGCAUAGUCCCGGAAGCUGGCCCUCUACACUCAUCGGCCUAUUUCGUCCAGUUUUACUUGCCGGUGAAGUUCCAAGCUAGCCCUCCACUCCCGCUUCCAGAGCUGAACCUGAAACCUUGUGCAUGGGACACUAGUCGCUGUAUUGCUGUUAGGAAGUUCUCUGGAUUUGCAAGGGAUGGUAACAUUGUUGAAGAGGCAGAGAAGCUUGGCAUUAGCUUGAGCAGGUCUCCAUGGGCGAAUUCAACUUCUUCUGCAAGUGGUUAUGCCUACUCGAUUGCACAGUACAGUUCUCCAUUCCGGAUUAUUGGGCGUGUAAAUGAGGUUUGGGUGGAUAUUAAUGCAUCUGAAUUAGAUGGCUGUAAGUUGAGUGGAGUAGCUGCAUACUAAACUGUCGCAUGGGUGGCCCUAUUAUGUACUUGGAGCUAAUGAAACAUAAAUUCCUGUGUUUUGAAUCCUGUCUGUAUGUAUAUAUAUUAUUUUAAAUAUUAUGUAAAACCUAUUGUACUUCA